AUGUCAGGCCAAGUAGAGUAUCACUCGGUCGAGAUUAGGCGUAGUGAUGGAUGCGACACGGGUCCCGGAUACUGGCCCAUCGUUGAGCCCACCAAGGCUACUAAGAAAGCGACGAAGGAUGGGCCUGAGAAGGUGACGAGGGCAAAGCCUCAAAUGGUCCGGCUUGAAGCGGAUGACCCACGCUUUGUCGAAUGGAGAGUCAAGCUUGGAAUACUCCUGAAGCAGGAAAUAGCUCCUGAGCCGUACGCAGAGGGUCUGCCCUGGACUGUUGCUGCAUCCACUGCAAUGUCCCCCGUCCCUAAGGGCCUGGCCGGCGCGGACGACGAGCUUGUGGUUGUCAAGCCGAAGCCCGCGGUUCAGCCCCGGGUGACGCCAGUGCCCCUUCCUCCGAGAGUGACAUCUACCUCGGUAACCAGCGCUGCGGCAUCGAGCCCAUCCGUGCAACCAAGGACGGCUCAGGGGCUCCAGGCGGCAAGCGCCGCUUCUAUCGCGACGUCUGCUGGGGCAUCUCCCGUGACUGCGCCGUCAAAAGCUAUACCCCAACAACAGCAACUUCCCCAACAACAACAGCAGCAUCAACAGCAGCAUCAACAGCAGCAUCAACAGCAGCAUCAACAGCAGCAUCAACAGCAGCAGCAAAUAGCGGGAAAUACUGCACCUGCACGACCUCAGUCUACAACGCCUAUCCCGCCGCCCAUGAUUCCAGCCUCAGUCACGCCUCUCGCUAGCCCUGCUGUGCAGGCCGCGGCGCGUAGUGCAAAGGAUACGAUAUCGUUGCUCUUCCGUACCGGAGAAUUGGUUUGGUACACAAACGGACAGAACUGGCGACUGGGGCUUGUCGCUCAGUCCAACGGCACCACCCACCAGAUCUUGCCGAUUGCGCACGGUUUGAUAAUACAACCACCGGUGAGCAAACCAGACAAGGAUCUGCGACCCUUUUACGCAUUUACCGUGCCUCUUCCCACUCGCGAGGACCUAAAGAACCGAGCGUACGACUCGGUGCCAUGGGAUCAGUUAAUACGGAGCCUCGCGGCCGACCCCAACCGCAAACAGGAUCUAAGUGUUCUAGUACUGGACGCGUCCAAGCUUGCGGCGCUCAAGAUUGACCAGUCGUACUCUGUAUUCACAUUGAUCAAGCAGGAGACUUUCCGGCACUAUGCGCAGGAGCCAGAGGUGUACUUGGGGCUGGAAGCGAUCGUCCUUCAAGCCGGCCAAGGUGUCAUCUACGGAGGCACAUUAUUCCAGCUCAAGGAAGGGUUUAGUGGCGGGGAGGGCUUGGGCCACAGCGUGCCCGAGCAGAACCUCCCCGCGCGCUGCAAGAAGAGGCAGUCUGGCGCAAGAACGCUGCGCCAUCCGUCUCGCAAUGCUGUGCGGUCGCAGGCUUUGGCGCAAGCGUACCCCGCGCUUAAUGGGCGCCUGGACGCCGCCACGGGAGCUUCCAAGAAUACCACCCGGAAGGCGAAUCGAGUGGAAGCGGUGGGAGCGUCGAUUCCGCCUGGGACAAGAUUUGCGUUUGAGCCGUAUGUCCAGGAAGAGGUAUCAACGGGGGUCAAUACGGCGGGAAAUAUGGGGCUCGGCGGCACGCAGUAA